UCCUGUGGUCCCCAGCAUGGGCUUCGCGAGGCAGAUACAGCUUUUGCUCUGGAAGAACUGGACCCUGCGGAAAAGGCAAAAGAUUCGCUUCGUGGUGGAACUCGUGUGGCCUUUAUCUUUGUUUCUGGUCUUGAUCUGGUUAAGGAAUGCCAACCCACUCUACAGCCAGCAUGAAUGCCAUUUUCCCAACAAGGCCAUGCCCUCAGCAGGAAUGCUGCCAUGGCUCCAGGGGAUUUUCUGCAAUGUGAACAAUCCUUGUUUUCGAAGCGCCACCCCGGGAGAAUCUCCUGGAAUCGUGUCAAACUAUAAUAACUCCAUCUUAGCAAGGGUGUAUAGAGAUUUUCGAGAACUCCUCAUGGAUGCACCAGAGAGCCAGCACCUUGGCCACGUUUGGACAGAGCUCCAAACCUUGUCCCGAUUCAUGGACACCCUCCGGACCCACCCUGAGAGAAUUGCAGGAAGAGGAAUACGAAUAAGGGAUAUCCUAAAAGAUGAAGAAACACUGACACUAUUUCUCAUAAAAAACAUCGGCCUGCCUGACUCCGUUGUCUACCUUCUGGUCAACUCCCAAGUCCGUCCAGAGCAGUUUGCUCAUGGAGUCCCAGACCUGGCACUGAAGGACAUUGCCUGCAGCGAGGCCCUCUUGGAACGCUUCAUCAUCUUCAGCCAGCGACGUGGGGCACAGACAGUGUACCAUGCCAUGUGCCCCCUCUCCCAGGGCACCUUACAAUGGGUAGAAGAUGCCCUGUAUGCCAACGUGGACUUCUUCAAGCUCUUCCGCGUGCUUCCCACACUCCUGGACAGCAGUUCUCAAGGUAUUAAUCUGAGAUCCUGGGGAAGAAUAUUAUCUGAUAUGUUGCCAAGAAUUCAAGAGUUUAUCCACCGGCCGAGUGUUCAGGGCUUGCUGUGGGCGACCAGACCCCUCACGCAGAAUGGUGGCCCAGAGACCUUUAUUCAGCUGACGGGCAUCCUGUCGGACCUCCUGUGUGGGUACCCAGAGGGAGGUGGCUCUCGGGUGUUCUCCUUCAACUGGUAUGAAGACAAUAACUACAAGGCCUUCCUGGGGAUUGACGCCACAAGGAAGGAUCCUAUCUAUUCUUAUGACAAAAGAACAACGUCCUUUUGUAACGCAUUGAUCCAGAGCCUGGAGUCAAACCCUUUAACCAAAAUAGCCUGGAGGGCAGCAAAGCCUUUGCUGAUGGGAAAAAUCCUCUUCACUCCCGAUUCGCCUGCAGCCCGAAGGAUACUGAAGAAUGCCAACUCAACUUUUGAAGAACUGGAGCGUGUUAGGAAGUUGUUCAAAGCCUGGGAAGAAGUGGGGCCCCAAAUCUGGUACUUCUUUGACAAGAGCACACAGAUGACCAUGAUCAGAGACACACUGGCGAACCCAGCAGUAAAAGCCUUUUUGAGCAGGGAGCUUGGCGAAGAAGGUAUCACUGCUGAAGCUAUUCUAAACUUCCUCUAUACGGGUUCUCCAGAGAGCAGGGAUGACGACAUGGCCAACUUCGACUGGAGGGACAUAUUUAACAUCAUGGAUCGCACCCUGCGCCUGGUUAAUCAAUACCUGGAGUGUUUGAUCCUGGAUAAGUUUGAAAGCUACGAUGAUGAAAUUCAGCUCACCCAUCGAGCUCUGUCUCUGCUGGAGGAAAACAGGUUCUGGGCUGGUGUGGUGUUCCCUGACAUGUAUCCCUGGACCAGCUCCCUGCCACCCCACGUGAAGUACAAGAUCCGGAUGGACAUAGAUGUGGUGGAGAAAACCAAUAAGAUCAAAGACAGGUACUGGGAUUCUGGUCCCAGAGCUGAUCCCGUGGAAGACUUCCGAUACAUCUGGGGCGGCUUUGCCUAUCUGCAGGACAUGGUUGAACAGGGGAUCACAAGGAGUCAGGCCGGGGCUGAGGCUCCAGUUGGAAUCUACCUCCAGCAGAUGCCUUACCCCUGCUUCGUGGAUGACUCUUUUAUGAUCAUCCUGAACCGCUGUUUCCCCAUCUUCAUGGUGCUGGCGUGGAUCUACUCUGUCUCCAUGACUGUAAAAGGCAUCGUCCUGGAGAAGGAGUUGAGACUGAAGGAGACCUUGAAAAAUCACGGAGUCUCCAAUGCAGUGAUCUGGUGCACCUGGUUCCUAGACAGCUUCUCUAUCAUGUCAAUGAGCAUCUUCCUCCUGACAAUAUUCAUCAUGCACGGAAGAAUCCUGCAUUACAGCGAUCCGUUCAUCCUCUUCCUGUUCCUGCUGGCUUUCUCCACCGCCACGAUCAUGCAGUGCUUCCUGCUCAGCACCUUCUUCUCCAAGGCCAGCCUGGCAGCAGCCUGCAGCGGCGUCAUCUACUUCACGCUAUACCUCCCGCACAUCCUGUGCUUCGCCUGGCAGGACCGGCUGACGGCCGAUCUGAAGAAGGCUGUGAGCCUGCUGUCUCCUGUGGCAUUUGGGUUUGGCACCGAGUACCUGGUUCGCUUUGAAGAGCAAGGCCUGGGGCUGCAGUGGAGCAACAUUGGGAACAGUCCCGUGGAAGGGGACGAAUUCAGCUUCCUGCUGUCCAUGGAGAUGAUGCUCCUUGAUGCUGCUCUCUAUGGCUUGCUUGCUUGGUACCUUGACCAGGUGUUUCCAGGGGACUAUGGAACCCCACUUCCUUGGUACUUCCUUCUACAAGAGUCGUACUGGCUUGGUGGUGAAGGGUGUUCUACCAGAGAAGAAAGAGCCCUGGAGAAGACUGAACCCAUAACAGAGGAAAUGGAGGAUCCAGAACACCCAGAAGGAAUGCGUGACUCCUUCUUUGAACGUGAGCUUCCAGGGCUGGUUCCUGGGGUAUGUGUGAAGAACCUGGUAAAGAUGUUUGAGCCCUAUGGCCGGCCAGCCGUGGACCGUCUUAACAUCACCUUCUACGAGAACCAGAUCACCGCGUUCCUCGGUCACAAUGGCGCAGGGAAAACCACCACCUUGUCCAUCCUGACGGGUCUGUUGCCGCCAACAUGCGGGACUGUGCUCAUUGGGGGAAAGGACAUUGAAACCAGCCUGGAUGCAAUCCGGCAGAGCCUUGGCAUGUGUCCACAGCACAACAUCCUGUUCCACCACCUCACCGUGGCCGAACACAUCCUGUUCUAUGCCCAGCUGAAGGGCAGGUCGUGGGAGGAGGCCCAGCUGGAGAUGGAGGCCAUGUUAGAGGAGACGGGCCUCCACCACAAGAGGAAUGAAGAAGCUCAGGACCUAUCAGGUGGCAUGCAGAGGAAGCUAUCUGUCGCCAUUGCCUUUGUGGGAGAUGCCAAGGUGGUUGUUCUCGAUGAGCCCACCUCUGGGGUGGACCCCUACUCAAGACGCUCGAUCUGGGACCUGCUCCUGAAAUAUCGCUCAGGUAGAACCAUUAUCAUGUCCACUCACCACAUGGACGAGGCCGACCUCCUCGGGGACCGCAUUGCCAUCAUCUCUCAGGGAAGGCUCUACUGCUCGGGCACCCCACUCUUCCUGAAGAACUGUUUUGGCACGGGCUUUUACCUAACCUUGGUGCGCAAGAUGAAAAACAUGCAGAGCCAAAGGAGAGGCUGUGAGGGGACCUGCAGCUGUGCGUCUAAGGGUCUCUCCAGCAGUUGUCCAGCCUGUGUCAAUGAUGUAACUCCAGAACAAGUCUUGGACGGGGAUGUGAAUGAGCUGAUGGAUGUGGUCCUCCACCACGUUCCAGAGGCAAAGCUGGUGGAAUGCAUUGGUCAAGAACUUAUCUUUCUUCUCCCAAAUAAGAACUUCAAGCAGAGAGCAUAUGCCAGCCUUUUCAGAGAGCUGGAGGAGACGCUGGCUGAUCUGGGGCUCAGCAGUUUUGGAAUUUCUGACACUCCCCUGGAAGAGAUUUUUCUGAAGGUCACGCAGGAUUCUGACUCAGGAACUCUGUUUGCUGGUGGUACACAGCAGAGAUGGGAAAACGCCAGCCUCCGACAACCCUGUCUGGGCCCAGGAGAGAAGGCUGCACAGAUUCCCCAGGGCUCCAACGUCCAUGGCCCAGCGCCCACUGCUCAGCCCGAGGGCCAGCCCUCCCCACCCGCAGACCCCGGCACCCAGCUCAACGUGGGGGCACGGCUCGUCCUGCAGCACGUGCAGGCACUGCUGGUCAAGCGAUUCCACCAUGCCGUCCGCAGCCGCAAGGACUUCCUGGCCCAGAUAGUGCUCCCAGCCGCCUUCGUAUUUCUGGCUCUGAUGCUCUCCAUCAUUGUCCCUCCUUUUGGUGAAUAUCCUGCCCUGACCCUUCACCCCUGGAUGUACGGGCAGCAGUACACUUUCUUCAGCAUGGACGAGCCGGGCAGUGAGCGGCUGGCAGUACUUGCAGACGUCCUUCUGAACAAGCCAGGCUUCGGCAACCGCUGCCUGAAGGGAGAGUGGCUUCCGGAGUACCCCUGUGGCAAUGCCACCCCCUGGAAGACUCCUUCUGUGUCCCCAAACGUCACCCACCUGUUGCAGAAGCAGCAAUGGACGCCAGACGACCCUUCACCGUCCUGCAGGUGCAGCACCAGAGAGAAGCUCACCAUGCUGCCCGAGUGCCCCGAGGGCGCCGGGGGGCUCCCGCCCCCACAGAGAACACAGCGCAGCACUGAAAUCCUACAAGACCUUACGAACAGGAACAUCUCCGACUUCUUGGUAAAAACAUAUCCUGCUCUUAUAAGAAGCAGCUUAAAGAGUAAAUUCUGGGUCAAUGAACAGAGGUACGGAGGAAUUUCCAUAGGAGGAAAGCUCCCGGUUAUCCCUGUCACAGGGGAAGCACUUGUUGGUUUUUUAAGCAACCUUGGCCAGAUAAUGAACGUGAGCGGGGGCCCUAUCACCAGAGAGGCCUCUAAAGAAGUGUCUGAUUUCCUUAAACAUCUAGAAACUCAAGACAACAUUAAGGUGUGGUUUAACAACAAAGGCUGGCAUGCCAUGGUCAGCUUCCUCAAUGUGGCCCACAACGCCAUCUUACGAGCCAGCCUGCACAAGGACAAGGACCCCGAGGAGUAUGGCAUCACCGUCAUAAGCCAGCCCCUGAAUCUGACCAAGGAGCAGCUCUCAGAGAUUACAGUGCUGACCACUUCGGUGGACGCUGUGGUUGCCAUCUGCGUGAUUUUCGCCAUGUCCUUCGUCCCAGCCAGCUUUGUCCUUUAUUUGAUCAAGGAGAGAGUAAACAAAGCCAAGCACCUGCAGUUCAUCAGCGGAGUGAGCUCCACCACCUACUGGCUGACCAACUUCUUCUGGGACAUCAUGAAUUAUGCUGUGAGUGCUGGGCUGGUGGUGGGCAUCUUCAUCGGGUUUCAGAAGAAAGCCUACACUUCCCCAGAAAAUCUUCCUGCCCUGGUUGCACUACUCAUGCUGUAUGGAUGGGCAGUCAUUCCCAUGAUGUACCCAGCAUCCUUCCUGUUUGAUGUCCCCAGCACAGCCUAUGUGGCUUUGUCUUGCGCUAACCUGUUCAUUGGCAUCAACAGCAGUGCCAUCACCUUCGUCUUGGAACUAUUUGAGAAUAACCAGACUCUGCUCAGGUUCAAUGCCAUGCUGAGGAAGCUGCUCAUCAUCUUCCCUCACUUCUGCCUGGGCCGGGGCCUCAUUGACCUGGCGCUGAGCCAGGCCGUGACAGACGUCUACACUCGGUUUGGUGAGGAGCACUCUUCCAACCCGUUCCAGUGGGACCUGAUCGGGAAGAACCUGGCCGCCAUGGCGGUGGAAGGGGUCGUGUACUUCCUGCUCACCCUCCUCGCCCAGCACCACUUCUUCCUCACCCAGUGGAUUGCAGAGCCCUCUAAGGAGCCCAUUGUGGAUGAAGAUGAUGAUGUGGCUGAAGAAAGACAAAGAAUUAUUAGUGGGGGAAAUAAAACUGAUAUCUUAAGGCUAAAUGAGCUAACCAAGAUUUAUUCAGGCACCUCCAGCCCAGCGGUGGACAGGCUGUGUGUCGGCGUCCGCCCUGGAGAGUGCUUUGGCCUCCUCGGAGUGAAUGGUGCUGGCAAAACAACCACAUUCAAGAUGCUCACCGGGGACACCACAGUGACCUCAGGGGAUGCCACUGUAGCAGGCAAGAGUAUUUUAACCAACAUUUCUGAGGUCCAUCAAAGUAUGGGCUACUGUCCUCAGUUUGAUGCAAUCGAUGACCUGCUCACGGGGCGAGAACAUCUUUAUCUAUAUGCCCGGCUUCGAGGCGUACCAGCAGAAGAAAUCGAGAGGGUUGCAAACUGGAGUAUUAAGAGCCUGGGCCUAUCUCUCUACGCAGACUGCCUGGCUGGCACAUACAGUGGGGGCAAUAAGCGGAAACUCUCCACGGCCAUGGCGCUCAUCGGCUGCCCGCCGCUGGUGCUGCUGGAUGAGCCCACCACAGGGAUGGACCCCCAGGCGCGCCGCAUGCUCUGGAACGUCAUCGUGAGCAUCAUCAGAGAAGGGAGAGCCGUGGUCCUCACAUCCCACAGCAUGGAGGAGUGUGAGGCACUGUGUACCCGGCUGGCCAUCAUGGUGAGGGGCGCCUUCCGAUGUAUGGGCACCAUUCAGCACCUCAAGUACAAGUUUGGAGAUGGCUACGUCGUCACAAUGAAAAUCAAAUCCCCAAAGGAUGACUUGCUUCCAGAUCUGAACCCCGUGGAGCAGUUCUUCCAGGGGAACUUCCCGGGCAGCGUGCAGCGGGAGAGGCACUACAACAUGCUCCAGUUCCAGGUCUCCUCCUCCUCCCUGGCCAGGAUCUUCCAGCUGCUCAUCUCCCACAAGGACAGCCUGCUCAUCGAGGAGUAUUCGGUCACACAGACCACGCUGGACCAGGUAUUUGUGAACUUUGCUAAACAGCAGACUGAAAUUUAUGAUGUCCCUUUGCACCCUCGAGCUGCGGGAGCCAGCCAGCAACCCAAGAUCCCCAAGUCUGGUUUACGAAGGGAGAUUUAUGAAGAAGAGGAGGAGGAAGUGGAGAGAGUCGCUUCAGAAAACAUGACCACUCAGGACAUGUUCCAGGCAUAUGACUGGCUGCCAGAUUUUCUAAGCUUCCACUUCUUCUUUGGGGAGCUCAAGAUUUUGGAAUAG